AUGAGCACGACGACCACUACCGAAGAAGCCUUCUUUUUAUCAACUCAUCAAGCACCAGCAGCAACUGAGGAGGAAGAACAACAUUCCAAUCCAGAUGUUUGCUCUCCUCAUUGUAUACAAGAUGAAAUUGAAUCAAUUUUGAAUACAAAAUCAUUGCCAAGAAAAACAAUUACAGCAUUUGAAGUGACGUCGAUUUUCCAUUCCGUACAAAACCUCAUUAUUCAAUUUGCUAGUCAAGCAGAAUGCGAAGCUUCUUCCUUAAAUAAUAAUAACAAGUAUGAAGAGGUAUUAAUGGAGAAGGUAUUUGCUUGGUUGAGUCAAGUUUCUUCCGAAUUGUUGGUAAUAUUUGAAGAACAAGUCUACAUUGCAGUUGUUUUUGUAAAUAUGAUUAGGAGAAAGAAGGCUAAAGUUUUGGUGAAUGAAAUUUUCAAUGAGAAGGGAUUGAAUUUGAGCUUUGGAGAGGAUGUACUCUCUCAACAUGUUUCGAAUACUUUGGAAAAGUUAUGGAUUGAAAGAAAUUCUAAUCAAAAAUUGAGGAUUUCCAAUUGUUUUGUUGAGCAAGUUGCAUCCAUUUUGAUAGACUUAAUCAUGCUGACUAAUGACAAGAAGGCCCUUGAAUCAUUGCAUUCGUUAUUUGAGUUAUUCGGCAAACAAGUCAAUGCUGGAUUUUGGCCAGAGCAAAGAGAAGCCAUUUGCAGAUAUCUUUCGUACAAUUCAUUGAAUUUGAUGGGUCACUUUACCUUCUAUUCAUUGAAAAAGGAGUUAACCAUGGAAAUGGAUAAUUAA